UAUAACUUUCUCAAGUUCGAAUGAACACUCGUUUUAUUCAUCACUGUCCUCAUUAAGGUAUGGAUGGGUAGGGAGAGGGACGAAUGUGGAGGACAGCCUUCGAGAGACAGUACAACCCACUGACAGCUAUGGCUGAGAUCACUGUGCCUGACUCAAGACGGUGGGACUGUCACCUGAUCGGAGGUUCUAUUGUUCUUCACCUGCAUUGAAUUAGGCUACGAUCCUUAGUCUGCCAUUCUAUAGUCCCUACUUUGUUUUCUAUUAUUAGUAUGGUUAUUGUGUUAUGUAAUUUUACACUCAGAUUUCUUGGUGAUUUGCAGAUGCAUUAACUUCUUCCUGUAUGAUGGGUCAAAGGUAAAGGGUGAGGGUGACCCUACAAGAGCUGGAAUCUGCUACUUCUAUCCUGAAGAGGUAGGGACAUCAGAGAUGUGUUCCCUAGGCGAGAUUAUUGAUACUAACUGCGUAUCAGGAAUGAUCCCUGUUGUUUUUGUUGAUGAUCCCAUACCAAUUGGAUGAGCAGAGUGAAGGAUGGUUCUGUGCCUUUUAUUUCUCCCAGACACCUCUGGAUAAGCAGGAGCUGUUGUGUGGACAGCUGGCAGGCGUGAGCCGCUGUGUCUCUGAGCUCUCCUCCUCCCCUGUACGUCUGCUCAGGCUGCAGCGGAGCAAGUUCGCCAUCCGCAUGAAAGACAACUUUUUGUGGGUGAGUUACACCAUAUUCUCGUUCCCAGACAUUUCCACCCGUGGUUACUUGCACCACAGCCAGGAAGCACAUCACAUCAUAGUGCUAUUUAUAAGUUCUCUAUCACAUAUGACAGUCCAUAAGAUAUCUACAAAUGUUUGAGGAAACUGUUACAGAUAAAGUGCAAUGGUCUUAUUGAUACAUUCACCCAUAUCUCGGAUGUAUAGACCAUUGUAAUGAGAAUGCUCAUUCCCUAAACCAGUUAAAAUGCUACAGGCUUGUUUAGUGAUGUUUUUGUCUCUCCAUCCCCCAUGUAUACGUCAUAAUUACUCUCCAUGUUGCUCUCUCUCAGGCCUUAAGCUGUUCAGUGGAAAUACCAGACAUCAGUAUCUGUGACUUCCUGGAUCAGCUGAUAAAUCACUUUAGUUUUUAUAACGGCCCUAUUCGCCAGAGUUACCAGGUACUGUCAUCUCUAACACUUAUCUUAGCUGUGUGCAGCAGUCUGUCAUAUCCAUAUCAUGUCCUAAUUUCACAUAGAUGUGUGUUAAACAAGGAAUAAUUUUUUCCUAACGCUAAAUAUGUCUCCCUCUGAUUUGCCUUGCAUUUAGAUCUACAGUCAGCAAGAUUUAGCAGUUCGAUGGGCACAGUACCUCUACCACUUACAAGGAGGCUCCACUGAACUCCAUCACAUCUUCAGUUGCGUGAGCACCAUUGACUCUACACAUGUAAGUAAUAAGAAGUCUGUUGAUAUAUCGAUAAGGUUUACUACCUCAGAUAGUAUCAUACGGUUGCUUAUUUUAUUAAAGGCCCACAAUUACCAUGUAUCUGAUUUAUUUCAUUGAUCUUUUAAGUUUAUUUACUUCUGGCCUAGCCUGGCAAUUAUUUCCUUGUUUCAUGUGCUUCAUUUUGAUUCUCAGAUUGACCCACUUCUUCUACUCAAGGCUGCCCUCAUUCUGCAGGCCUGUCAGCGCUGCCUUCUAGUGUUAGCUGGUUGUAUACUCUAUCGUGGGAGGUAAGCUGUCUGACCUUUGCAGUACCAAAGGACUGGAAUAGUUAACCACAGAUUAGAAUCAGACACUAACUGUAUAUACUUGUCUCAAAAAACGUGUCUUUGCUCCGCAGGGUUGUCAGCACACAGAUGCCCCCUGAUCUCACAGUGAAAGUCAUGGUUCAUGAAACUGAAACAUUCAACCAGGUACAACCAGAUAACAAUGGCUGAUAAUUUAGGUGCUUCUCUCCUUUCAGAUUUUACAAAUCAUCUUGUGAUCAUCUUACAUCUUAAUUUGUUGAGGUUCCUUCUGAGUUGGGUUGUUGUAUUAUGCAUCAAUAUCUUAAUACAAAAGCUAUGCUUUAGAUUGUUUUACAAAGUCAGCAGUUUGUUAAGUAACAGGCCUUGCCAUACAUUUUUGCUUAUACUUUGCUCUAGGACCAGAGACCCGAUGGACUGAGUUCCUCCAGCUCUUCUGGUAGCACUCCUCUAUUUAGCGCAGUGACCACCACUGUGUUCCUGACCACCACUGAAGUACAGUAUCUGCGCUCCUCUCCUGUGGACAGAGCAUCCAGGUACUUCACCCCCCCUCAGGAAGAAACCCACCUCCAUCCUCCACUUUAGAAAUACUUUCCUUGGUAACACUUUAUUUGGAUAGUCCAUCUGUAGAUGCUCUAUAGACUAUCAGUAACAUUUCAACUAUCUAUCUACUAACCCUAGCUCUAACCCUAAACUUAACCCUAACCCUUUUUCUAAACCUAACCGUAACCUUACCAAGCAGUUGUUUGUCAACAGAUAGUUUGUUGAUAGUAUGACCAUCUGUAGAGCAUCUACAGAUGGAAAAUCCAGACUAUCCAAAUAAAGUGUGACCCUUUUCUGGUAAACACUCUUACUAGAGUAAGGUAUAAUACGUUCCAUCCUGCUACAGUAAGGUCAAAGUCAAGUGAAAGUUAGGGUUAGACAAGUUUGGAAUGGUUGCAACCCUGAUGUGAGGGUAAAUUGUUGAGACUCUCUGUCCUACAGAUCCCAUUCUACCCAAUAUACUCCAAAGGAGGUAAAGCGGCCCAGGAAGUCCCGCCUCCUGUCAAGAACCCUAUCUGACACACCGACAACUAAUCCGCCUGACCCCACCCACUACCCUCCACUAUCCCGCCACUCCCCAGUCAUCCAUAUCUGAUGAGUUGCUAUUUAGCCCAAGUCCUUCAUUUCACACUCCUGGCCCUCUCAGCCCCUCACCUAUCAAGAUCGCUCCAGAGACCUCUCAUCAUACCUUGUCCAAUGGAAAGCUGUCCCAUGAGAUGGAAGAGGGUGUCACAGGAGGUUCGUACGACCCCAGUAUUAACAACAUAAAGGGUGGGAGCAAUGAGUCAGGUCUUGCAGGAGGAGGCAAGUCAAUGCAAAACAACGACACACGUCACGUCAAUGGACAGAAUGGAGGUAGUAUUGCACUGGGUGGAGAGAAGGCUGCAGCCCACAGGUUCAGCGGUCAGGAGUCCCGAGCGCCUGGCAGUCAGAGGAUGGGGAAUGUGGUAGAUAAGGUGUUUAGGGAGAAGGCACGACAGGGGAGUAAAGUCCAGCAGGCUGACACUGGUGGCUUGCCCCCCACCUCGCCCUGUGAGAACUCUACAGAUGCCCCCCUGCUCCCCAUGGCACUGUACCAGCACAGGGUGAGAGAGCUGGUACUGGCCCUACUGGUGGAGCCACAAUUCCACAGCGACACUACAGCCACAGAGGAAGUGGUGAGGAACUGUUGGGGAAUAUGGGAGGGAUAUGAAUGUUUGUUCAUGAAUGAGUGUUUCACAAGAGUUUUCCCCUUCUGGACAACCACCUGUGUUCAACUGUUAGAAAAUGAAAUUGAAUAUCUCCACUAUUGCCCUACAUGUUAUUACAGCAGUUUGAUAUUUUGUCAAACCAUUUAAUCAGCUAUCAACCUGUGGUUUAUCCCCAGUAUCUCAGAAGCCUGGCAUCUCUGAAUGGACUGGAGGCACAUCUGAGGACCACUGCUCCGGGGGCCUCUGGCCCUCAGGGACACUACACUUUUGCACACUUUGACUGUAUACAGAACACACUCACAAGUGAGGCACUAAUAUUCUCAAAGCUCUCUGUAAUUUUAUCAAACCACUCCAUUCCAUAGUCCAGUUUUUUUUUUCUCCAGCUGUCCUAUCUGACUUUUACCUUUUUCCUCUCUCUAUUUGUCUAUUGUUUUUGAUAUGCAUGUUUCCCUGUCUCUCUGUUUCCCAGUGUUGACCUUACUGCUGGAGUGAGUAGUAAGCUCAGUGCUUUGCAGUAGCUGAUUGGGAUGUUUUGGGACAUUUUGUGGGACUGUGGUACUUUGUGGAAAUGUGUGUUAGCUGAUUGGGGAAUCUUGGGGCAUUUUGUAGUACUUAGUUGUGAUAUGAGUUAGUAGGACGCUGUAUAGUGUAUAUACCACCUCUGUCUUUUACUUUCAUGGUCAUCCAUGUUUGUGUGGUAUUUGUAAUGAGUGCCUAUGCUGUGUGUCCCUGCAGGCAACCUGUCUGGCAGGCCAGGGGGAGCCCAGGACCGUUCUUUUGUGAGAGCCACAUCGCUGCUCCACUCGCAUUUCUCUCACACUGAAGCUCUGCAGGAGGCUAUUGUCAGGUCAGUAUGACUGGCAGGGGGCUCUCUCAACAUGCAUUACUCCUCCUCAAGUCAGAUGAUGGGGGAAGGGGAACAGGCCAUCAUUAUGCAGUUUGUAUUAUCUUAAGAUAAAUCCCUGAGUGUUUGUGUUGAGUUGUAAUGUGUCUUAUGUUUAUAAUACAGGAGUGCGGGUGCAGCUGUGUACGGGACCCGCAGUGUGGCCCAGGAGACGUACUUCCUGCAGCAAGGCGGAGCGGUGAGAAACUCUGGCAUCCCCAACCACCAGGACAGUGCUUUCUCUCUGCCUAGCAAGGCCCGACACAGGUUACAGAAACACAGGGUUAACCUGCUCUGACUGAUCGUGGCAAGGAGAGUUCCACCAGAACCACUGUCUACUCAGUCACUUCUCUGAAUAUGGUUCUCUCUAAAUGAAUUUCAAACAAGAACUUACACUGAACAUUUUUCUAAGAUAAACACACUGUGUAAAUAAUUAUAGGAACUUAAACUAUUUA